AUCCCGGGAAACCUUAUUAGUACACACUACCAGGGUGCAAGGGUACAAGUGUGCUAGUAUAAAGUUAUACGAACCUAGCAUACUUACAGAGAAUCGUCGAGUUAAACUACCGACUUUUAGCUAGUCAAAAGGGAGGGUUAGUUUCAGAGUAGCGCACGUCCCGUUCAAAUCUUGACCAGAAAAUGACGACAAAACGGAAAAAGUCCGAAAUCGUGAGAAGGAAAAUGUACUCCAAGUCCGAGGAUAAACUGCUCAUCUCCGGUCUGACACUCAACGUUGCCCUAAUGGACAUCAACCAGAAGACACUGGACGCAUGCAAUACCCUCUCUGCGGAAGAUCUAACAGACACAUUGCUUCUGCAGUCCAGAGUCAAAGAACAAGCCAAUCUGAUCUGCCUGCUGAAGGACAGAUCAGACGAGCUGUUCCUCCAAGCUCAAACCCUGCAGGAGGCCAAGACGCAGCUAGAGAAGCAACUUGAGAUCUGUCAGAAAGAAGUAGUGCAAAAACGGGAGAGAGCGGAGGUGGUGGAAAAGCGCUUCAUGGAUUUAGACGCCAAUAGUCGAGCCAUCAUCGUGUUCAUGGAAGAGUACAAACAUCAGAAUGCUCAGCUGAAGCUGGUGAACGUGGAGCUGCAGAAGGAAAACGACACGCUCUUCUCGCAGAAGUUACACGAUAAAGAGGCGGCACUUGAGCGACUUACACAGGAAGUCAAGAUGUUGACAGAGAAGUUUACAAACAAGGAGAAGGGCUACCUGGAGAAAAUUGCAGGAAUGGAAACGGCAUCCUACGCACAAUUAACUGAGCAUCAAGCGAGAAUGGCGUCGCUACUUGAACAACUGCACGUGUCUCAACAGCAGCAUGAAGCUGCGGAGCAGAUGUGCAAAGACCUCAAGCUGAAGCUUCAUAAAGCGGAGGAGCAGAACACUUUGAAGGAAAGCACCAUGAGCAAAAGCAUCAUCGGCCUCACCAAAGAGCGAGACAAACUUCUGCGUCUCUCUGUGGAGAGAGAGAACAUCAUCCAGGAGAAGCAUGAGGAACUCAGACGUAUGGAGUUGCAAUAUAAGGAGCAAAAGAAAGCCCGGACACGAGCAGAGGAAAAGUUUAAACACGAAGCGGACACAGUGAAUGCAGAUAAGAGAGUGAAAUUUCUUAAGGUGGCUCUUGAAGAAGCCAGGACUAAGCACGAGAUGCUCAAUAAGGAUUUUGAAGCCUUCAAAGAACACAGCAGUGGUCUCCUUCAUAAGGAAAGGGAGUUAAAUAAGAUACUGCGACACUUGAGGAGCUAAACCUGCAGAUUUGAUCAAUCUUCCAAUCUCAACGAUUGGUUGAAAUUAGAAAGAAGCAGCAUAAACCACGAGCAUCUUUAAUCUCCAUCCAGAGCAACACAAACACACGCCGAGUUCCUCAAAUAGCAAUUAGACUGUACAAUUCAGGGAGCCUUCCAUACGUCAGCGUUUAGGAGUGUUCCUCUGCUAGUUUCUCUGCCUUUUGGACCACUUCUUCAAUGGGACCCACCAUGUAGAAAGCCUGCUCAGGUAAGGCAUCGUAUUCACCUGCACAGGAGGGAAAAUACAUUUUACCAGGAAAAUAUGAAAGCUUCAGGCGUAUUCCAGUUUAGGUGAAGCACUACCUCCAAGGAUGUUCUGGAAGCCUUUGAUGGUUUCCUUCAGAGGCACCAGCUUCCCCAUGUGGCCUGUGAAGACUUCAGCCACCUGGAACGGCUGGGACAGGAAACGCUGGAUCUUGCGAGCACGGGCUACGGUCAGCUUGUCUUCUUCAGACAGUUCAUCCAUACCCAGAAUAGCAAUGAUGUCCUGCAAGGAUUUGUAGUCCUGAAACGACGAUGCGAGUCGUUAGAGCAGGUUCUGACUCGCUUUUAAAAAGCUGACGUGACAAGUCUUGCCUGGAGGAUCUUCUGUACACCUCGAGCGACGUCGUAGUGCUCGGCACCGACAAUGUUGGGGUCCAUGAUGCGGGAUGUGGAGUCGAGGGGGUCCACGGCGGGGUAGAUGCCGAGCUCGGCGAUGGCACGGGACAGCACGGUGGUGGCAUCCAAGUGAGCAAAGGUGGUGGCAGGAGCAGGGUCGGUCAAGUCGUCGGCGGGCACGUAGAUGGCCUUCAGCACAAACAUUUCAUUAGUCCGGGGAAGCCUCCAUGUCACUGCCAUCCACUCACUCCUUACCUGUACCGAGGUGAUGGAACCCUUCUUGGUGGUUGUAAUUCGUUCCUGCAUGGUACCCAUGUCGGUAGCCAGGGUGGGCUGGUACCCCACAGCAGACGGGAUACGACCCAACAGCGCAGACACCUGACAGACAGUCCGACAAAUUCAUUCAUUUAUUUGCCAGCCAAUCACAGGGCACACAAGUUUACACAUUUUGAACUGUAAAGAUAAUAGAAUUUGUCACUUGCUGCUUAUUAUUAUUCAUUCAUUCAUUCAUUUUCUACCGCUUAUCCUCAACGAGGGUGCUGGAGCCUAUCCCAGUUGUCUUCGGGUGAAAGGCGGGGUACACCCUGGACUGGUGGCCAGCCAAUCACAGGGCACAUAUAGACAAACAACCAUUCACACUCACAUUCAUACCUAUGGACAAUUUGGAGUCACCAAUUAACCUAGCGUGUUUUUGGAAUGGGGGAGAACACGGGGAGAACAUCCACGCAGAGAUGGCCGAGGGUGGAAUUGAACCCUGGUCCCCUAGCUGCGAGAUCUGUGCUCUAACCACUCAACCGCCGUGCCGUCCUGACAAAUUCAUAAUCUUGGCAAAUACAUUUUGUAGGUACAGUAGAUCCCCGCUUUUCAUGGAGGUAACCGCCUGGGACCACCAUUGACACGCCCGUCAAAAUGUCUAUUUUUCAUGAUGAUGUUCUCUCCAGCUCGAAUUCCUAAAGCUGCAAUAAAAGCCUGUUGUUCCAGGGAUCAAUUGUGGUGCUUGUCUCACCGAACAAUUACUGACACCUAGUGCCCGAUGUAGGAUACUACAUCCACAAGGUGAAUGCUGGUCUUAAUGACUUAAACUGUAUUUGUGUUUUACGUCAUUUAGCCAUUUUUCACUAAGAGGCCAUCGAAAACACGAAACAGCGACUAUUAACUAUUUUUAUUAACUAAUACAUGUUUUUAAAAAGUGAUAAGAGUGAGGGAGUAACAUUCUAAGUGCUAAGUAGUGAAAGACGACUGUAGUACUAAAGCAAAUAUUUGAUGAAAAAGCUGAAUUGUCUACUGUACAUGUACGUUUAGUGUUUCAUACCUCUGAUCCGGCCUGGGUAAACCGAAAGAUGUUGUCAAUGAACAGAAGCACAUCCUGUCCCUCUUGGU